AUGUCCUCUUCCUCCAGAACAAUACUUGAUGCUCGGAGAAUGUCUCCGGAAUGGCUUCAGUCAGUUCUCAAUAUAAAGUCCAGUGCACCGAAACUCUAUGCUUGGAACCCUUCCGACGUUGAGCCACACGCUGCUCCUACAGACCACAUCAACCACAGCCAGGUCAACUACAAGGAAGGCAGCGACUCACGAGAUGACUUAUGUCGGCGAAUAUACAUCCUUGGAAUAGGGAACCUUGGUAUUCUUUUCGCCAGCGCCCUAGCUACACUACCAAACCCGCCUCCAGUCACUCUUGUCUUUCACAAGAAGGAGCUUCUCCUAUCCUGGAAACAUGAGCCUGGAAUCGAAAUCAAGCGAGACAGUACUAUUAGCAAGUACUCGAAUCUUGACGUCGAACUAUGGUCCGAAGAGCCUCCUGUUGGACGUCAAUCCAGAGAGGUUGCUAACGGUGAAAGCAUUCGCAACCUCAUCGUAACCACCAAAGCAUCUCAAGCUCUCCCUGAGGUGGAUCGGGUUCGUCGCUACCUCGAUAGCAACUCUACGGUAGCAUUCGCCCAAAAUGGCAUGUGCAAGAUGUGGCCACCUCACGGAACUACAUACAAUACGGCACGUUACUCGCAAGACCAGUCAUCGUCUCACCCCAACUGGCUAGCAUGCGUAACAACACACGGCGUGACCUCUCUUGGUCGAUUUAAGAGUGAACACGCAUCAGAGGCCGAUAUCAAGGUUGGACCAGUUCUUCUAAAUUCUGAGUCUCAUACCUGUGUUUCCUACCUAUCUAAAUUGCUCGUCCGAGCUCCCCAUCUCAAAGGAACGGCUGUUGCUCGGAAUGACCUCUGGAUUCUACAAUUGGAAAAGCUUGUGGUCAACUCCAUCAUUAAUCCGCUCACGGCCGUUCUUCGCUGUAAGAAUGGGCAGCUAUUCGUAGAAAAGGACGGCCCGACAGCGCAACUUAUGGAUAGCUUGUUGACUGAAGCUAGCGCUGUACUUCAAGCUGUUAUCAAUGAUAGCAGUGCGGACUCCAUUUUGCAAACACCAUCAAAUGAGGAGACGACAUCAAACGAGAAACAAGUCGCACGCCGUGACCUUUUGGAAAGGUUUUCUCAGCCGCGGCUCAAAAAAAUGCUCUACGAAGUUGGAUACAAAGUUAGGGAGAAUACUAGCUCGAUGCUACAAGAUGUCCGGGCGGGUAAGCAGACCGAGAUUGAUGAGUUCAACGGAUGGCUGGUAGAUAUGGCAGCCUAUUUGGAUGGAGACCUGGACGUUUCUUGUCACAAAACCCUGAUCGGUCUUGUCAAAAAUGGUUCUGUUUUGCAAGCGGAUUCGCUCAGCAACCAUUUCCCUCAUUUAAUGUCCCUGAGGGCACCAACGGCUUAA